GACCCCUCAAAUACCACGGUCUUUGUUGGUGGAUUACCUGCUUGCAUCAGCGAAGAGACCUUGAAGACCUUUUUCCAGAAUUUCGGUGAGAUCACUUAUGUGAAGAUACCACCCAACAAGGGCUGCGGAUUUGUUCAAUACGUGAGACGAGCGGAUGCCGAAGCAGCUAUGCUGAAGAUGCACGAUUUUCCAAUCCAUGGUAAAUCGAGAAUCAGACUAAGCUGGGGU